GAAAGGCUGGUGUUGUACUCUGUGGUAGUUUCCCGAUAGCGUGAAGCUGCAGCGGUCCGGUAGCAGCAUUGACGUGUUUACCAGCAGAGGAGAAGCUGCAUGUGAAGCUGCGUGUGUGUCCGCGUAGUCUCCUGUCUGUGCUGUGGAACAUGGCGGACAUCACUCCCGGCUCGCUGGCUUCCUCUUUGUGUGCUGCGCUGCCGCCGCUAACGAACAGCAGGUAGCGAGCGUCAGCGUGCAACUUCCGCCUCCUCAGGACAUCUCCGCGCCGACCUGCCGCCUCGUCCACUCACACACUUGUAUCCGCCGCAGACUGAAGCAUCCGCGCGCACACAGGUGAGCGUGUGAAUGUUCUGCUCACCGGACCGACCGCAGGGUUCGCGUUGAGAAGAAACAGCAGAGACUGACGCGCAGCCUGAGUGGUUGAACGCACAGAGUUGUGUGACUGGAGCUGCAGCAGAAGAGAACCAGUCCUUGAAGCACGCCCAUCAUCAUCAUCAUCUCCUGCUGCACCAAUCAGAAGAUGGACUAACCUCUAAAAAAAACCACUUUAUCAGCUCCUGAUCUUAUCACCCACCUGUUGGGCCCCUGAGGGCCCUCAGGUAGCACGCAGCGGGAUGUCUGGCAGAAGGCAUUCUGCCAGGCAUCCGCUGUGGCGCCUCCUGUCGCCGUUCCGCAACCGUCAGGAGCGGGUGGUGCUGGCCCGCAGCGAGAGCCUGCCAGGGGAACAUUUCCUGAAGAUCACGGUCACAGAGACCACAGUGAUCGAGGCUGAGUCCGGGGUCUGGAACUUGCGCUCGCUCACCUACUUGGGCUUCUGGUACUUCUUCAGCUUCUGCACCCUGUUCCUCAACAAAUACAUCCUGACAUUGUUGGAGGGGGAGCCCAGCAUGCUGGGUGUUGUUCAGAUGGUGUCCACCACGGUCAUUGGCUGCCUGAAGAUGUAUGUCCCCUGUUGCAUGUACCAGCACAAGUCCAGAACGGAGUAUCCUCCCAACUUCAUCAUGAUCAUGUUAUUUGUUGGACUCAUGAGGUUCACCACCGUGGUUCUGGGCCUGGUGAGCCUGAAGAAUGUGGCGGUGUCGUUUGCAGAGACGGUGAAGAGCUCAGCGCCCAUCUUCACUGUCAUCAUGUCCCGGCUGAUCCUCGGGGAGUACACAGGCCUGUGGGUGAACCUGUCCCUGUUCCCUGUCAUGGCCGGCCUGGCCCUGUGCACAGCCACAGAGAUCAGCUUCAACAUGCUCGGCUUCUCCGCCGCGCUCUCCACCAACGUCAUGGACUGUUUACAGAACGUGUUUUCCAAAAAGCUGCUCAGCGGAGACACAUACAAGUUCAGCCCUCCAGAGCUGCAGUUCUAUACAAGUGCAGCAGCAGUCAUCAUGCUUAUACCUGCCUGGAUGUUCCUCCUGGACUUUCCAGUGAUUGGGAAGAGCGGGCGGAGCCUUAUCUUCAGUCAAGACAUUAUCCUGUUGCUGCUUUUUGACGGUGGCCUGUUCCACCUGCAGAGCGUCACUGCCUAUGCUCUCAUGGGUCGGAUUUCCCCUGUUACCUUCAGUGUUGCCAGUACUGUCAAGCACGCCCUCUCGGUGUGGCUGAGCGUCAUCGUGUUCAGUAACAAGAUCACAAUCCUCAGCGCCACCGGCACCAUCUUCGUGUUCAUCGGGGUCUUCUUUUACAACAAGGCCAGACAGAUCCAGAGACAGAACUUACAGGCAAUGGCUGCUGAGCAGAACCACAAACCACUAAUGGACGACCAGGACUUCCUCGCUCCUCACUCUCACAGAGGUCUUGGCACUUAAAGGACAGACGUGCUGCUUUAAAUGGGAUCAAAUUAUGAACAAUGAUCUGUUUGCUCGCCUGUGGCUGUCCAGACAGGAUUACUGGAUAUUUACACUCUGCCAGAGAAGCAACAAUAUGCAAGCUUUGCUGAGCAACAAGAGGUGAUUAAUUUCGUUGGGCUGAAAGUCCAUGCAGCUAAAGUUUCAGUGUGUAGCAUGAAGUGGCAUUUUAGCGGUGAAGUUGCAUAUUGCAAACUGUCCCCUACUCCUUGCCUCACUGGCUAAAGUUGAAACAUGGCAGCACAACAUGUCAGACUACAUGACACAAGGAUUCAUAUUUUUAGGUGAUUUACACUAAUAUAAACAUAAUUUUAAACAUUGUAUUCCAUUUCUGUAGCUAGAUCCGUGUAAAUCCUACACACCGGUCCUUUUUAAUCAAUUUUCAUGGACCGGAAACAAAGCCUGUCAAUCACUUGAUCUGAACAAUGACUGCAAAGUUCCACUGAGUGAAAUGAACAGUAGUUAUUCCUUUUGAUCACCAGCUUCCAGAACCUGCAGAGCUGUUGCAGUAACAAACGCACUCUGAAUUAUUACAACAUUUUUCAAACUGAACAUCAGAGAAGAGUUUUUAAAUGAUGUACAGUUCAGCUUUCCUGUUCAACCUGCUGCACCUGUUUCUGGCAGUUUAAGCCACUGACUGUUAUUUUUUUAUUACUGUCACAGAAGAUCCUAUCCUGUUAACAGAAGUAACAUAGUUCAAUAACAGAUACUGGUGAGUGGGAAUGAAAGAUGAACCUAUUGCAAGUCAGUUAACCAUCAAAAUGAUUUAGAAUAUUUUUUUAAGGUGCAAUAGUUUCGUAAAGUUGCUUUAAAGAAAAAACACUGAUACUUUUUUUUUCAUUCAGUGUCAAUGUCAUGUCUUAAUGCUUGAAGAAGACUUUGGUGUGUGGCUUGGUACAGGUCGCUGGUCUAACCAUGUCAACACUAGUUCCUUGGAACAGAAUCUUCUUUCACCUCGACCUUUAUAAUCAUCCUUGAUUCUAUGCUUUGAUGAAAACUGGUCAGUAAAAUGAGGAAGCUCAGGGUUUCCUUCAGCUGUCUGAAGGAAGUGACUUCUGUAAACAAUUCCGGUGGGAAGUGAUUUUAUCUCAUCUGUGGUACAGCAUCUGCUGAAUGUAGUGUGCUAUAGUGAAUAUCUGUGGAGCAUCGAAGCUGUAAGAUUUUACUGUAGUGACGGUGUAACCUACUCUGUAAAGUUUGAGAUGUGAAUAGGGCACAAUCACCUGAGAUGUGAGGCUCUUUGGAGGCUUGUUGAGCCAAAGCUUAGCCUGGCUGACUGACUGACACUUUUUAAAAAGCCCCAUGAGGAACAUUUGAAAGCCACAUUCUGCAUUCAAGGAAUGCUUAUCAUCUAUCAGGAACUUUUAUGUGCUAUGAUUUUUUAUUUUUUUAUUUUCUUAGUAAACUAACUCCCCCAGUGCAUGCUGGGAUGGCAUCCCUGGCAACCCUGAUCAGUAAAUUAAUUAACGGAUGAGUAACUGAUUAUUACACAUUCAUAAUCUUAAAAAAAUUAAUACAAUUUGCAAGUCUGGUUUUUAUUUUAUUUUGUGGCUCAUUGGCUCAGAUCAGUUAAGUCUGACAACCAGACAGUUCAAGGUUUUAAAGUCAGUAAAAUAAGGUGAAUGGUAAAAUGAAUAUUCAAUCUGUUAGAAUCAUCCAUCUGAGCUUACAAAAAAACCUCCCUGGUUUGGUUUUUGACUUUCUCUCAUACAGUUGUUUGCUUCUUGUGCAAAGAGAGAUUAAUAGCAACAUUACAAAUGUUUCCAUUCGUUUGACCUCCAGAUAAAGUAAAUCAUGUUUGUGUAGUAGUCAUCUGAUCUGUUUCACUGUGUACCAAUUUCUCAGGUGAUUGCUGUGUUAUCCUAAACAAAUAUAAAACAAAAAAAUUAAAGUUGUAAGAAACCUUUUUUUUUUUUUUUUAACGCUUUUGGCCCCUGUUUUAUUUAAUGUAAAACAUAUUUCUAUGUGCUAUCGUAUGGCCUACUUUAAAUGCAAACAACAGCUGAUGGAGAAGUUCAGGAUAAAUUAAAGUUCACAUUCACCAGGUGUUGCCAGCGCCUCACUUUUUUUUUUUUUUUUUUACAAACACAUUAGUGCCAAAAAAUUAUCUAAUCAUGUUAAUGUUUCUGAGAUAACUGCUCCCAGUCUCCUGCUCUGCACAUGUGUCCAGGCUUCUUUCAGUUUAUCUAUUAGUCGAGAGUGACUGACAAAGUCCAUCGGUUCUCUGACACAUCUGUGGUAAUAAUUGUCAGAUAGUUUUUUGUUUUUUCUAAUGCAUUUUUAUGAAUGUUUAUGCUUGCUUUACUUUUGUGCCACAGAAAAGUUGGUUAUUUCUUUUCUGACUUGAACAUUUUAUUAAUUUACAUAAUAAACACGUUCAUUCU